AUGGUAAAUCCAUACCUCUAUACUAAAAACACACACAAAUCUUUUGUUCUAUAUGCAAUUUUGUGCAUACUUGCAGGAGCUUUAGGCGCAACUUUUACGUUUGUCAACGACUGCGGGUUCUCAGUUUGGCCUGGAAUCACUCCGUGGCCUUAUAUCAAUAGUACUGGAUUCGAGUUAAAAAAGGGCAAUUCCCGAUCUCUUCAACCUCCCGAUAACUGGGUAGGUCGUAUCUGGGGUAGGACUGGUUGCGGAUUCAAUGAAUCCGGUAACUGGUCAUGCGCCACCGGUGACUGUGGCACUGGGCAAGUGGAGUGCAAGGGAAACUCAUAUACACCACCCGUUACAACUGUAGAUAUCAACAUCGGUGACCCUAAAGGCUUGAACUUUUAUUACGUCAGCCUUGAAGAUGGCUACAACUUGCCAAUUCUUGUGGAGACAACUGGUGGAUCUGGUUCUGGGUUACGUAGUUGUGCGAAGACAGGUUGUGUUGAUGACUUGAAUCAAUGGUGUCCAACUGAGUUGACUUUGAGUGGUGGAGGAGCGUGUCAGACGGCUUGCCAGGCGUUUGGAUCACCAGAAUAUUGUUGCACGAUCUCGAUAUCAUCAACAGGCACGACAUGCAAACCGACGACGUACGCUCAGUUGUUUAAAUCUGCAUGCCCGAGAUCUUAUAACUCUGUGUUUGAUGAUUUGAAUACUAUAUAUAGAUGUAAUGGUGCUGAUUACAGUAUCAGAUUUUGUCCUGCUUCCGAUUCAUUUUCAACGAUCAAACAUGGAAGCCAACUCAACUCUACAGAUCAACUUGUUUCCAUCGGUGGGAAUUUUACGUUAGGGUUUUUCAAUGAGGAUUAUAGUUACUUGGGAAUUUGGUACACUAAUGAUGUUGAAUCUAGGAAAGUAUGGGUAGCUAAUCCAAAUACGCCGAUCAAAUCCACUUCAGGUGCCCAUGCCCUCUCCAUUGAUGUCAAUACUGGAGACUUGAUCAUCAUUGCAGGAGGGAGAACUCUAAUGAGUAUUACCAAUGUUCAAAUGGGUCCAAACCCUAAUGUGACUGCAAUCCUCGAAGAUAAUGGUAAUUUUAGGUUGAUUGAUGAAACUGAUAAAAGGGUUUUGUGGGAGAGUUUUGAUCACCCAACCAAUGUACUUUUACCUGGUAUGAAGCUUGGAUAUGAUAUCACAACAGGGAAGAACUGGACCUUGACUUCUUGGGUGAGCAAUGAUAUACCUUCUUCAGGAGCUUUUACUAUGAGCUGGGAGCCCAUUGAAGAAACAUCCGAAAGAUUGAUGAUUCGAAGACGAGGAAAACCCUACUGGACUAGUGGGAAUCUAAACAAUCAAGUAUUUCAAUAUAUGGUUGCAUUGAACGCCCCAAGUAGCAAGUCUAGAUAUCACCUUACUUCUGUAUACAACAAUGAAACACGAUACUUUAGCUACGAUGGCAAUAUUAGUGCUACACCAAUGUGGAUUUUGACGGAGAAAGGUCAAAUUACAGAUAUAGAUAACUCUUUUUGGACCCCUGAGUUUUGUUAUGGGUACGAUUCUAGUAAUGGUUGUGUGGAGUCGAGUUUACCACAGUGUAGGCGAGUGAGUGAUAAUUUUAGUAAAAUGAACGGAGAUUUUGCGAAUGACAUGACAAGAAGUGCUAUCGAUGAGGACACAAACCUAAGCAUUAGCGAUUGUUUUGUUAAGUGUUGGAAAGAUUGCAGCUGUGUAGGAUUUAGUAGCAGUAUCAUCAAUGGAACUGGCUGUGUUAUAUGGACUGGAAGUAAUAACUUUUUGGUUAAUCCUCGUGAUAACUCUACGUCAAAGUAUGUGAUCAACCAUAAUCCAAUCAGAUCAGGUACAUUAAAUGUUGUUUAUUUCCAAUUGUUUUUUCAUCCAUUAAUAAACAUCUUUGAACCUAGAAGUCACUAUGCAGUAAACAAAACCAAAAAGAGCAAGAACAGUGUAUGGAUACUCAAUGGGAUUGCCAUUCUUCUCAUUUUCUUGUGUUUUGGGUUUUUCUUUUAUAUAAAGAAGAUAAAAGAUAGUCGAAAAGAAUACGAGAGACGGAAGAGAGAUGAAUAUUUCGUGGAUUUGACCACUUCUGAAAGCUUCAAGGAUGUACAUCAGGUUGAAACUAAUGGUAGGAAAGGAAAUUACUUGUUACUAUUUAGCUUUAGUGCUAUCAUGGCUGCUACUGAUGACUUCUCAGUUGAAAAUAAGCUUGGACAAGGUGGUUUCGGACCUGUUUACAAGGGACAACUAAGUGAUGGACGAAAAAUUGCAAUCAAAAGGCUUUCAAGAACAUCAUGCCAAGGGCUGGUGGAAUUCAAGAAUGAGCUAGUCCUUAUCGCGAAACUCCAACAUACAAAUCUCGUUCGGGUUCUUGGUUGUUGCAUUCAUGGGGAAGAAAAGAUGUUAAUAUAUGAAUAUAUGCCCAACAAAAGUUUAGAUUUCUUUCUCUUUGAUGAAAAUAAAAAGGGACAGCUGGAUUGGCCUAAGCGGUUUGAUAUUAUUGAAGGAAUUGCUCAAGGCUUGUUAUACCUACAUAAGUACUCGAGAAUGAGAGUUAUUCAUAGAGAUCUAAAAGCAAGUAACAUCCUUUUAGAUGAGACUAUGAACCCCAAAAUUUCCGAUUUUGGUAUGGCAAGAAUGUUCAAGCAUAAUGAGACCGAGGCAACCACUAAGAGGGUCGUUGGAACAUAUGGUUAUAUGUCUCCGGAGUAUGCAAUGGAAGGCACCUUCUCUAUUAAGUCCGAUAUCUUCAGCUUUGGAGUCCUAAUCUUGGAAAUUGUUAGUGGAAGAAGAAAUAGUAGCUUCGUUCAUCUUGACAGGACAUUUAAUCUUAUUGGAUAUGCAUGGGAGCAAUGGCAACUAGGGGAUGCCUUGGACUUGAAGGAUCCUAAAUUGGGAAAUACUUUUGUUCUACGACAAUUCUUAAGGGUUGUGCACAUAGCCCUUCUCUGCGUACAAGAAAGUGCAACAGAUAGGCCAACAACAUACGAUAUGAUUUCCAUGCUCCUCAAUGACGCCACACCAUUACCCAUGCCAAACAGACCGGCAUUUGCUAUCGGAAGAAUGGAAUCACGGUCAAAUUUUGGUGAAACCAAAGCAACGGAUUGCUCUGUAAACAAUAUGACCAUCACUGUCGUAGAGGGGAGAUAG